GAUUUUUUUCAGAACAACUGAAACUAGUGUUGAAACUUAGAAUAAUUUUAAGUGGUCAAGUUGAGCAAAUGAAAAUUGAAAUAUCAAAUUCAAAAUGUAAAUUCAUUUAUUGAAACUGAUCAUUUCAUAUUGAAAUAUGAAUGUCAGUGUCGAGUGGAUCAUAUUUCUGCCCAUACUGAACACAAAUACCUGCUGACAAACCGAAACAUGCAAAUAUUUGGCCUAUUCAAAUAUUUCCUGAAAGAAAACUCUGAGCUUUAGCAAGGAUUUUCAGAUCUCGUUGGAUUUCCUUUUCUUUUCAAGACUCCUUGAAACGACACAUCAAUGGAUCAGGUCUUCUUCUGGAUCCUGCUCCUGCUGAGCUUAUCUACAAGUUUUUGCAAGUAUGUUUGCAUCAACAAGGAAAAGACUCGGGAUGAAAGUUUGAGUUACUGUCGGCAGAACUACACAGACUUGGCCCCGGUUAGUAAUAAACAGGAUAAUGACAAACUGAUGGAGCUCUAUCCCAGUGUCCAUGAUGGUGUCUGGUUUGGACUGGAAAGGAACAUUUCAGACAAAGACAAAUGGCUGUGGUCAGGAGGUGGAGCGGUGACCUGGACUUUCUGGAAUACAGGUCAACCUAACAACCGAAAUAAUGAAAACAGUGGUUGUAUAAACAAAAACGGCAGAUGGCAUGAUGUGUAUCCAGGUACAACAAGACCCUUUUUCUGCUACAGAGCAAUAGUGGUGAAGCAGGAAAAGACUUGGGAGGAAGCUCUGGGGUACUGCAGGAAGCACCACGAGGACCUGGCCAGUGUGGCGUCUGAGACCGAGAUGCUGCUCAUCCAGAAAGAGCUGAGCAAACAUAACACAACAGAAGUCGUCUGGAUUGGCUUGCGCUUCUUAUCUGAGGACUGGCUGUGGGUAGACAGGCAGAUGAUGGAUUAUGAGGCCUGGAGUCAAGGGGAAAAGCCACUGUGCCCGAGUACCAAGAUGAAGUGUGGUGCCUUACAGGUGACAAGAGGGACUAAGGGUGUUUGGGAGGCUCAUAAUUGUGAGGAGAAACUACAUUUUAUUUGCUACUGAGCUACUUUACUUCAUAAAAUACAUUUAAAUGACAAUUUAUUUGCUGUGUUUAAUACAUUUUGGUUAUUUUUCUCAUCUCUGACUUUGUAUUUUCCUUAAUUGAUGUGUAAUUGUCUCAUUUCCAUUCUGUGACAGUCAGCAUUUCAUUAUUUUACAAACACUAUCUAUUAUGAUUUUUGUUUCAUUGAGAAAAGCAUGAAAAACAUUCAAAAAACAUAAAAAUAAUAUCAAAUAUUUUCUAGAUUUUGUUCAUAGUUUUACCUUUUCUGUACUUUCUUGAAAACAUUUAAAAGACAAAUAUUAAAAGACAAAAAUAAUAAAUAUUCAGACUCCGGUAUGUCACACCAGUAGUUCAGUAGCACUAAACUUUCUAUAAUUCAUUUCAAUAACCAUUUAUUUAUUGUGUUCACCAUAGUUUGGUUGUGUUUUACCAUUCUGUGUCCAUUCUCAAACAAUAACAAUAAAAUGUUAACAGCUUCACCUUAAAUUCAACUUAUUUCUCCGGAGACUCCAUUUUAUUUGCUACUGAUCUAGUUUUGACUGGGUUAUCUUAAGCUUUUUGUGUGUGUAUUUGUUUAUGUAAAUGUAUAUUUACAUAUAUGUACAUGUAUUUCUUUCAUUUCUAUAUUGUGAGAGUGGUGCAGUUUAAACUUUGUUAAAUUAAUAGUAAACAUGUUUAAAUAGUAAAUAAAAAUAUUUUACUUGGAUUAUACUCCAAGUUUUGUUCACAGUGCAGUUUCCACCAUUCUGAGAACGUCCCCAUGUCUGCAGUCAGAGUGAACCUACACGUGCUGAAAGAAGGAGUCUGUGACGACACAGUCCAAAGCUGGUGUUGGUAAACCCUCAUUCAUGUGUUUAUAUUUUAAACAAAAAGUAGACGGGUCAUCUCCCCAGUUUGCUAAUUCAAGGUCACUGUCUCUGACUUCCAUGCAGUAUUACAGAAGCUUGUCAACCAAGACACUUCACAACAUCCAGGGCUUUUAAGGGGCAUAUCAUCCACACCUGACUCCCACAAGACAACCAAGUUUGAUUGGACUCAUUCUUCAGCUUGACAGCUCUGUCACUUCUGGUGUCCACAAUUUAGUUUGAGGGUUGCCACCAUGACAGGCACCAACAAUAUAUACGUAUAACCAGUAACAGAAAUGAGAUCAAGGUCUCUGAGGAUUCAGGGAACCGCUGAUUAAACGUUUGGGCAUUCUAGACCUGUCUGGCAUCUUUCUUCAUCACCUGAUCCACCACACCACCAGCUGGUGACCAGUUGAUGGUGCCUCUCUUGACCCAAGUGUCCAUGAUGUGGCCUCAGGUCUCAUAAUACAAUUACAAAAUCAAUCACACACCCAGACGUCGACUUCCUCCAGUAGGACCGUGGAUUCCCCAGUUGGGGAGCUUUUCGGCACCUCACCAGAGACUAGGGAUGGGUAUCGA